GCUACUUGCAAACUAGCACAAAGGUGAGUGUGCUUCAUGAAGGUAGCUUGACUCAGAAGAGCUGAAAUAGGAGCAAAGAGCAAAAGGCAACCAACGGUGAAAGCAAGAAUUUACAGGGAACAGGCAGGCAUGCGAGCAGCUAUUUAGUUUGAUCUACAUGACCAGCUUAUUUUCUGUAAAAGAAGAAUCAGCCACAGGGAGUAAUUUAAGAUCCACUGCAGGUGUUUGAGCAGCACUGCUUCUGCAACAAAGGGCUAACUCACCACGUCUUGAGAAGAGAAUGGCCACUUUCUGGGGAGCAGCCUUUUUCAUGUUGGUAGCAUCCUGUGUUUGCAGCACUAUCUUCCACAGAGACCAGCAGACUUGGUUUGAAGGUGUCUUCCUGUCUUCCAUGUGUCCCAUCAAUGUUAGUACCAGCACCUUGUAUGGAAUUAUGUUUGAUGCAGGGAGUACUGGAACACGAAUUCAUGUUUACACCUUUGUGCAGAAAAUAGCAGGACAGCUUCCAGUUCUGGAAGGGGAAAUUUUUGAGUCUGUAAAGCCAGGACUUUCUGCUUUUGUAGAUCAACCUAAGCAGGGUGCUGAGACUGUUCAAGAGCUCUUGGAGGUAGCCAAAGACUCAAUCCCCCGAAGUCAUUGGAAAAGGACCCCAGUGGUUUUGAAGGCAACAGCAGGACUGCGCUUACUGCCAGAACAGAAAGCCCAGGCUCUGCUCUUUGAGGUAAAAGAGAUCUUUGAGAAGUCACCUUUCCUGGUACCAGUUGACAGUGUUAGCAUCAUGGAUGGAUCCCAUGAAGGCAUAUUAGCUUGGAUUACUGUGAAUUUUCUGACAGGUCAGCUGCAUGGCUACAGUCAGGAGACUGUGGGGAUCCUGGAUCUGGGGGGAGCCUCCACCCAAAUCACAUUUCUACCCCAGUUUCAGAAAACCCUGGAACAAACCCCUAGAGGCUACCUCACUUCCUUUGAGAUGUUUAACAGAACUUAUAGGCUCUAUACACAUAGUUACUUGGGAUUUGGAUUGAAAGCUGCAAGACUAGCAACUCUGGGAGCCCUGGAAACAGAAGGGACUGAGGGACAUACUUUUAGAAGUGCCUGUCUACCAAGAUGGUUAGAAGCAGAGUGGAUUUUUGGGGGCGUGAAAUACCAGUAUGGCGGCAUCCAAGAAGGGGAAGUGGGCUUCAAGCCCUGCUAUGCUGAAGUGCUGAGGGUGGUCCAAGGAAAACUUCACCAGCCAGAUGAGAUCCAGAGGAGCUCCUUCUAUGCUUUCUCUUAUUACUACGAUCGAGCUGUUGACACGCACAUGAUUGAUUAUGAAAAGGGGGGUAUUUUAAAAGUUGAAGACUUUGAAAGAAAAGCAAAGGAAGUGUGUGACAACUUGGAAAAUUUCACCUCAGGCAGUCCUUUCCUGUGCAUGGAUCUCAGCUACAUCACAGCCUUGUUGAAGGAUGGCUUUGGCUUUGCAGACAGCACCGUCUUACAGCUCACAAAGAAAGUGAACAACAUAGAGACAGGCUGGGCCUUGGGAGCCACCUUUCACUUGCUGCAGUCUCUGGACAUCUCCCACUGAGGCCACACUCGCCCUCUGAGGUCUGCAUUUGCCAACAACCUUUAUACGGGAGAAGAAGAAAAGACUCGGUCAUGUUAUGAGGAAGUCUGGACACCACCUGGAUUGAAACCCAGCAGCUGGCUUCAUCAGGAGGAAGAGGUUUUUGUAGACAGCUCUUGUCCUUAUGUCUAGAGAUUUGGGUUUAAUUUUACACAUCUAAUAGGAACUGGUCCCUAACCAUACUGCUUGCACAGCUGGUACUAGAGUCUAAAUUUUUUAGCAUGCUUGUGUGUCACAGAGAGCCAAAAGGAAUAACUUUGGAACUUAACCAAAGAAAAAUCUCCUUCAACCCGUUGGUAUAUUUUUCCUCCCUGCACAUUACCUUGUCCCACCCUUAUCAUACCCUCCCACCUCCCUAAAAAACAGGGGAAAGAAAACAGUACCUGGUUUUGUAAUUCAAGAGGAAAGAAAGGUACCAUCUCUGAAGUUGUGUGGUUCUGCUUUGUGCUCGCUCCCAUCAGCCAGCUGAGAACCGUCCUCUUAGCAGGAGGGAGAGCAACGCCUACUGCAUAGCCUUCAGAAAAGGGGCCUUCCAGUCUCCAAGGACAAGUUUUGGGAGAGUGUGGCUGCCUUGUAUAGGCCACAUUCUUUUAAUCAACUUUUUAUGUCAACCGUGAGAUUAAUGAAUCUGAACACCUUCUAGGAAUGUUUAUUCAGUGCCGGUACUUCCUUCUAGGCUCUGUUUAGUUUGUCAUCCUAAAGUUACUUCUUUAUAUUUCUGAGAAGCACAUCCCUAUCCUACUAUUGGAGGAUCUAGAUUUUGGCCAUAGCUCCUUUCAGUUUGCCCUUUUGUUCUGUUUAUAGUAACGUCUCCUCCUACUUGGCCCCUGAUCAUUUUAGCUACCAUCUCCUAAAUUGUCUAGUUCCAGGGUUUCUGAUACCCUUCUCCAUUAUAAGCAAUAUUUUAUUUCAUUGGCCAUUUUGGCCCUCAUACUGUGGAUUUUUUUGUGUUGGAAUGCUCUGAGCCCUUCAUUAUCUUGUUCUUUCCCAUAGGACUAUCGCCUGCUUCUUGUCGGCCCACUCAGUGCCCUUGGGCUGAAGGACUGGCUCUUUGACCUUGGCUCUUUACCUCCAGCUUCUUUCUAGCAGUUUGUAUCUUCCACACUUGUAGCUAUCACAGUGGACUUUCUUUCGGCUCUCUCACAAAAAAAUGUUAAGCUCCUGUCCCUCACACUACUUCCUUUUUUAAAGUUAUUCCACUGAGUCAAUAAGUGGUUAACAUCCGAUGUGCAAGUAACUAGCCAAUUUUUUUCUUUAUUCCCCACAUUUUAGUGUGUGUGGUUUUUUGUGUUUUUUUUUAAUUUCAUUGUGGAAUUUUUUCAGAUUUUUCACACUGACUUUUAUUAUACCAAGGUCGCCUUGAUACCCAUCGUCUUCCUCCAAAAUGUUAAUACAUAAUAGAAUCUUUAGGUUUGGAAACAGCCCAAAGAUGUAAUCCAGUCUUCUAACUUGCAGAAUCCCCUUAACAUUUCUAAGUAGCUGUAUUUUGCUUCUGGUUAUGCAUGUUUUAAGACAGCUCAUUGCAUUUGGGACAGCACUGAUGUUAAAAAUCCCUUAUGUGGAGCUGCAGUCUCUCCUCUCAGUGGUCUUCUCUCGUUCCUCCUUCCAUAGCCUCUCCAUCUCCUAAAGGAAAUUCCUUGCAAGUCCUUUGUGGUCUCUUCUUUAAUAGGACACUUGGCUUCUAGACCCCUUACCAUUGUGUCACACAGUCAUACACUAAAUGUUGUUCCAUACAAUUCCCAAGAGGUAAGCUGUGUUCACUAAAGACUCCGCCAGUUUGAUGGUCGAGAGAGGCAAGAUUCCCUGGUCUUUGUCAUAGCUUGUCUCUGAAGAUUUUCUUAUGGACAGAAGCUGUUCAGACUCCUUCAGUCAUCCCAAGUACCUCCAGAACUCUUGAGAUGUGUCUACCUAAAUUCUGAUAAUCUUGAUUAGAACAUCUAGAGAGAAUUAACAAGUUUAUCCAUGUUAGGAGCAAUAUGGAAUAAGAAUUUUUAUUUCUUAGAAAAAAAUUGACUUUCUGCCCCUUGGUGUACCUUUUGGGCUUCUUAUUGAGGAAUCCUAUAGUGUCUAAUAUUGUUGGUUAAGUUUCUUUUCUAUAAAUGUGUUUACAUAUUUCAAAUACUUAGGACCUGACCUGGCACAUAGUGGAUGUUGUGCGUUAACAUCAUCAUAUGAGGAACAUCCUCUGUGGGUUACGGAGGGCUUUGCAAGAUGUGCCUUAAAAUUCUUCCCAUUUUGCCUGAUUUUAUUUGCAUACUUUUGGAGUCCAUGUUCUCCUUUCCCGGGCUACCUUUCCCGUUUUUGUGAAAGAUGAUCUUUUCCCCUCCCGUUCAGUGUUGAUCUUUCUAGACUCUGCUAGUAGUCUUACAACUUACACAUUAGUUGCCACUUUCAUUCUGGGCACAUCUUUCCAGAGAGUCCAGGAACAUUUGUGAAACUAUCACUUUUUACUCUAGUAUCUUAUAAAUCUUGUACAUUUGUCUGAAAAGCUCCCCUAUUAAAACAUAUUUUUCAUUCCUUCAAUAACUAAGCUAACCUAAACUAAGAAUAGUUUAGGUUGGUUCAAAAGCAGACUAUUUCUUCUCAUUUCAUCAUCAAAUCAGACUUUUGGGCAAAAUUUUCUCUGCAGUAUACAAAUCUAAUGGGUUCCCAAAUCUCUUCAAGAGUCAUCUCUGUACUGCGAAGUGAGCUCUUCAAACACCCACUUCAAAGACCCCUACACCCAUCAGCCACCAGUCUGCAACCAAAUAUGACAAAGUCUGCUGCUAAGUAAUCAGAUUAUCCCUUUGACCUGGCUCCUGAAGUUUUCAAACCUGUGCAAUGAAACUAUUUAUUGUUUUGUCACUGGACAGAAAUGAUGUUCCAGAGAGGAACCAUAAAUAAAAUGGAAAUCCGAUGCUGUGAUAAGGAAGUAAUAAUGAACAAGAUUUUGUUUUCUUUUUAGAAAGUCCAGUGCACCUACAACAAAGGUUAAAGCAAUUUAUUUUUAAUUUUAAAACAGUAAUUUGAACAAAAAUGCAUCAAUUGAAUAUUUCUAAUUCUUCUUUAUCAAAAGAUAAUUGUAUAAAUUUAUGACCAGCAUUUAAAAAAAAACCAAACCUAUAGAUCUUAUCUUUAGAAAGGAUCGUUAACAAGUGAAAAUAAAUGAGAUAGCACCUUAAUGAUUUGUUUUAGUAAUAAAAAAUUCUUUUCAA